UAAGUUGAGCCGUCGGGAAACCACCAACUUGCCGAGAACGACCCAACCACAUGGAGUCGACGCCAACGUCGGCACGAGACCGUGCGUCCUCGACGUUUGGUAUGAUCCUGUCGUCAGGGGUGGCUGUCACGUACCAUCCGCCGCGUGGUGAGCCGCUCCGUGGCAUCCUCUCGCUAAACAACGAGAUCCUUCGUUGGAGAUCCAAGGAGCUGUUUCCGUUCUUUCAGGACAAAGAAGCCAUCGUGUUUGUCUCUUCCGUGACGAGCGUGCGACCUGGUCGGCAGACGACGACGUUUCUUCGCACGUCCAAGUACAUCAAACCGCUGGAGCUCAUGGCCAGCGACGACAAGUGCAUAUCCCUCAUGUACACCGUGUCCACAACCACCACAACAGACGAUGACGCCCCUUCCACCACCACUACCACCGCCACGCACUCGUUUGACAUUGAAUUCAAGUCGCCGCUUCUGUGCGAAGAAGCGCUCUUGUAUCUUACCCACGCCAAGCAUAUUCCGUCCGAGACCGUCGACGCCGCGGCCGUACCCUUACCCGUCGGUCGGUCUAUGUUGUGCCAACGGUUGUACUCGCACCCGACGUUUGGCCACGUCAUCCUGGCGUGCAUUGUCAUCAACAUCGUCACCAUGUCCAUGGAGUCGCCCGUCGAACCCGACAAGUCGUUUCUCACGACCAUGUACGCGCUGGACACGGUGUUUGCAAUCAUCUUCACCGCCGAACAAGUCAUCAAGGUGAUCGCGGUCGAGGGCAUCCGGCCGCUGUUCCACGACAACUGGGACAUUGCCGACUUUCUCAUCAUUUCCACCACAUGGCUGGCGUGCAUCCCAACGUUUUCCGCAUGGAACAUGAGCGCGUUCCGAAGCUUCCGGGCGCUGCGGUCGCUCCGUUUCUUCAAGGGCUUGUCCGAGUUCUUCGACACGUUUCUCAAGACGUUGCCCAUGGUCGUGAACGCCCUGAGUUGCUUUGGGUACUUUUUGUUCCUCUUCACCGUGUUGGGCAUGUACUUGUUCAGCGAGGCGCUGACGUAUCGCUGCGCAGUCGAAGGCGUCGACGGGUCCGUGAUGGAAGUGAUCCCGACCACGUAUUGUCGCCCCGGGGACGACUCCAUCUGCCUCGUGGGCCACCAGUGCCAUCCCAUGCUCAGUCCCAACGGUGGGUACACAGGAUUCCACUCGUUCGAGGCGUCCUUCUUGACGGUGUUUAUGAUAUCGUCGCGGGCGGGCUUUGGAUCGUCGUUCGACGCGACGGUGCAGACCAAGUCGUCGUUCAGCGUGCUCUACUUUCUCGCGCUCAUCAUUUUCGUGUCAUUUAUGAUUCCGAGCUUGUUUAUUGCGAUCGUGCGCAACUGCUUCACGUCCGUAGCCGUCAAGCACCCGUCGGCGUACAAAUCCGAACUGCAGCUCAAAAUGAACAUUUAUAAACUCAAACGGCGCCCCCAACUGCCCCCCGCGACCACCCACGUCCCCAACCUCGUCCAGUACGCCACCAAGCGCGUCGUGCACGCCGUCAAGGGCUUCUUGGACGCCACGUCGCAUCAGACCCACAGUUUGUCGACCCAAGACGGCAACAACAUGUCAUCUACCACCACCUCCACGGCGGACGACCGCAGCACCGGCAGCUUUGGCACGUCGUCGUCGGCGCUCGGCGAUGACUCGCCGCCGACGCCUCGGUCCGUCCGCGUGGUUAACGAGAAUGCUGUGAUGGUGUUCUUUAUCUUUCCCAGCGACGGCCGCGUCGUCCGGUGGCUCGAGUUCAUGUGUCGAAGUGCUACGUUCGAGUUGAUUGUCAACUUUGUCGUGCUACUGAAUGCGCUGCUGCUGACGAUGGAGCAAACGUCGACCCAUGACCCGCCAGACUGGUACGAAGACCGGGUUGUGCUGGUGGACCACUCGUUCACGUUGAUCUUUUCGGCCGAAGUGUUUGGGCGCCUCUUGGCCGACCACGGGCUGUGGCCGUUUCUGCAAGACCCGUGGAACCGGUUCGACUUUGUGAUUGUGUGCGGUGCGCUCUUGAACUUUGUGGCCAAGUCCAGAAGCGUGUACGCGCCCGCGCAAGAGCGUGUGGCGUUCAUCUUUCGCAUGUUUCGGUUCCUGCGACCGUUUCGCAUGCUGCACACCCAGAACCCACUGCUCAAGAUCGUCGAAGCUAUCUUGAGCAGCUUGGCGUCGCUGUUUGACUUGGUGUUGUUCAUGUUGCUCGGCAACGUUGUGUUUGCCAUCCUUGGCAUGAACCUCUACGGCGGCAAGUUUCCUCCUGGGCGGACGCAUUUUGAUACGUUUGGCGACUCGAUGCUGACGCUGUUCAAGAUCUCGAGCGGACACGGCACGUGGGGCAUCUUUUACGAUGCGCUGCACACCACCAGUGGCGCCAUCGCGACCGCGUACUUUUUGAGCUACACGGUGUUUUCGGUGUACAUUACGUUGAACUUUAUGAUUGUGAUUUUGCUCAAAAAGUUCAGUGUGACUGAAGACGAGAAACGCAAGCAAUUGUGCGAGCAAUUCAAGCAAUCGCUGGACCAAGCAAUGGCCGCGUACCCUGCGACGGACGAAGGGGCGUUCGUGCACGAAUUCGUCAAAGUGUUUCCCGCCGAGAUCAUGCACGUGACGUUGCCGCAACUGUCGUCGUCGCCAAUUGGGAAACCCAAGGUGGUGCAAGCACACACCGUCACAUCCCCGUCAACAUCGUCGUCGCCCCGACAGAAACAGUCGUCGAAUUGGACGAGCAUCUUGCCACGACCGACCGGCAAGCCCAAAACGGGGAGCUCCGUGCUUCCGUUUACGUCAAGUAUGUUGCGCAAAGCCACUGCGAUACUGAACCCGUACGAACCAGUGGGCCUCGACAGCCCAUCGUCCGCCACCACGCCGAGCGACCCCCCCCCUUCUCCUCCCUCUACUUCCCACGUCAGCCAAGGGUCGUGGCUGUACAACGACGUGUCCCUGUUUGUGUUUGGCGCCGACAGCGACAUCCGGAAGACCUGCACCGAGCUCGAGUCCAAGACGGAGACGUUUAUUUGGGUGUGCAUUGUCAUUCGCAGUGCGCUGAUCACGCUGCAGAGUCCACUGUAUAGCAACACGAUCCAGCAGUUUACAAACCUGAUCGAGUGGCUAUUUAUGCUCGUGCUGUUGUUUGAGUUUACCAUCAAGAUCGUGGGCAAGGGGUUUGCGUUCACGCCCCACGCGUACUUGAACGACCCGUGGAAUCAGAUGAACGUUGUCGUGUUGCUCGCGUGCAUGUUGCUGCUUCUGAUUCCGCAUUCGGACCUGACCGAGUACUUUCACCUGGGCCGCGCGUUUGGUCCUGUUCGCGUGAUCCGUGGCAUGAAGAGCUUUAGCGUGAUCAUGAACGCGCUCAUGUCGUCGCUGCAUCAGGUCUUGUGGUGCGUCGUCAUCACGUGCUUUGGAUUUGUUGUGUUUGCCCUGCUCGGGCAGCAACUAUUUGCGGGGAAAUUCGAAAGCUGCAACGAUGUGUCGUCGUCGGCCGGGAUCGUCACGUACGCUGACUGCGUCGGAGUGUUUGUGCAUCCUGUGACCAACACCCUCAUGCCGCGGGUAUGGGGCCAUGUGAAGGGCAUGCACUUUGAUUCGUUUGGCGGCGCCCUCGGCACACUAUUUAGCGUCGUGUCCAAGAAGGCGUGGAUCGGGGUCAUGUACACGGCCAUGGACAUUGUGGGCGAAGGCAUUCAGCCCCGCCAAGACGCGUCCAAGUACUUUGCGUUCUUCUUUGUUGCGUUUGUGUUUCUCAGUCGGUUCUACAUGCUCCGCGUGUUUGCUGGCGUGAUUGUCAACAACUUCCGCGCACACAACGGCACGAUCUUGCUGUCCAACCGCCAGCUCGUGUGGCUGCGCAACAAGCGCCGCAUCGCGGCGCUUCACCCGCAGUACCCCGCGCCCAGCACGACCAGUAUGAAGGUCCUUUACGCCGUCGUCAAACACCCGACGUUCAAGGCGCUGUCGUCGAUUGCUGUCUUGACGCACGUGACGAUCUUGGCCUUGUCGGACGCUAACUCGCCCAAAAUAUGGCUGGCGCACCACUUUUUCACAGUCGUGUACGGUUCCGAAGCCGCUUUGACUGUCAUGUCGAUGGGCAUUCGGGAAUUCCUCACACGGGGGUGGUCGUCGGAAGGGCUGAACGCGUGUCUGGUCAUUUGCAUGCUCAUGGGGCCCCACAUGACGUCGUCCUCGAGUGUGCUCGUGCUCGGCGUGCUGCGCGCGUUCGAUUUUAACCACUUGACGCUUGUGUUGGAGCCGUUUCCAAACUUUCGGGGACUGAGCUCCCUCUUCCAGACGAUUCUAGAGUCCACGCGCGCCAUGGUCAAGCUCACGUUGCUCUUGGGCUAUGUCAUGUUUAUCUAUGCGAAUUUGGGCAUGCAGCUGUUUUCGCUCACAAAGUGGGGCGUGGGGCUGGACGGGAAUCUCAACUUUUCGACGUUUCCCCGAGCGUUUGCGGCGUUUAUCAAGUUUGCCGCGGGCGAAGACUGGUCGGACGCGUACCGCGCGUGCAGCGUGGCGCCGCCCAACUGCGUGUACCGCAUCGGGACGGAAAAAUCCGACUGCGGGUCCAAGGGCCUGUCGACGAUCUUUUACUACUCGUACUUUGUGCUAGUGUUUUUGAUCCUCCAAAACUUCUUCGUCGCAGUCGUGCUCGACACGUACGUCAGCACAUCUGCGAUGCUGUCGGAAAGCGAUUCGCUCAACAAAGUGGGGUUCAACAUGAACCACCUGCAAGCAUUCCGAGCGACGUGGUCGCAUUACGACGUGCAGGCGCUGGGGUACAUGUCACGUCGCAAGUUGGGGCGGUUUCUCAAGGAGUUGAGUCCGCCGCUGGGGUUGAACUCGGGGCGAGAUGCGACGGACCCGCCGGACAAGCGCUUUAUGGACGUGGACGGCAUGGCCAUGUACGUGGAAGUGAUGGCGCGGCUGGACGAGCUCACACACCGGCGGCAUUUGCUUCGAGGCGACAGAUACGAAGACAAGAUGAUUCGGUUCAAAGACCUGCUGUUGAUCUUGACCCAACGCACGGUGCCGUGCGAAGGGCUCACGAUCAGCGAAAAAGUCAUCGAGUUGUCCACACGCCAUUACAUUGACAGGUAUCGCGCGGCGCUGAAGAUUCAAAAGACGUUCCGCGGUAGCUUGGUCGCGACGAGAAAGCGGCGUGGACGCAGUGCCGCCGCUUCAUCUGGCUGUUCGGAAUCCAACGACAGGUCGUUUUACUACUACAAGCACGUGGCCCAGUUGUUGGUGGAAUAGGCAGCAGCAGUGUAAACACGAAUAAGUGCCUUCGUGAAUAACGCGCAGACCAACUUGUACUUCAGUAGUAACAUUAACAGUACGUGAUUUCUUACCGGUA